GUACGAAAGUUCUUCAUCUUAUUUUCAAAAUAUCUUUGGAACCAUCCAUUUUAAUAAAAAUAUCUUUGAACUCUGUGACUAGUGACUCAGAUUUAUUUUAUUUUGCUUUCAUUCUCUCAAAUUGAUUUUAAAUUCAGUUGAAGCGGCUCCGAUAGACCACAGCGUAACCUAAAUAUAAAAACACAGCAUUCCGCCUAUUGGAAACUAUUUAUAACUAAACGAAAAAAAAAAAAUAAAAGAAAAAUGAGUCUCGUCUGGACUUUGAUCGCCUCUUUUCUGUACGCAGAAAUUGUGGUUGUCCUGUUGUUGGUGCUGCCGGUGGCAUCACCCUACAGAUGGCAGCGAUUCUUCAAGUCACGAUUCCUGGCAAUGCUCGGGAAACAAGCACACACGUAUUUCUUCCUUCUGUUGGGAGUUCUUGUUCUUUUCCUGCUCGAAGCCAUCCGUGAGAUGCGCAAAUACUCAAACACCGAACCAGCUGGUGAAAUGCAUUUGAACGUUGAGAUGCAACACAGCAUGAGAUUGUUCCGGGCUCAACGCAACUUCUACAUCUCUGGAUUCGCCAUCUUUUUAGUGUUGGUUAUCCGUCGCCUCGUCACACUUAUCUCAGCCCAAGCUAGUCUCUUGGCUCAGAGCGAAGCAUCGUUGAAGCAAGCUCAAAGCGCCUCUGAUGCCGCUCGCAACUUAAUGUCUAGCAAACCAACCGAGAAGGCCAAGGAAGCUAAAGAAGAAGCCGGAUCAAACAACACAGUCACUGAGAUCACCGAUUUGAGGAAGCGCGUUCAAGAUCUUACUGCAUCCCUAAACAAAGAAAAGAAGGACAAGGAAGCCAUUAAGUCUCAAGCCGAGUCUCUGAAUAGGGAGUACGACCGUUUGACAGAGGAGUACAGCAAACUGCAAAAGAAAGUCACAAUUUCCGGAGGAGAGAAGAAUGACUGAGUCUGAUCUUUCCAUUCCCAUUGCAUUUGCAUUAUAUAUACAAGAAAUGUUAUUAUUUAAUAAUACAAUUCCCUUUUUUAAAAGACUUUCCUUAUACACUUUGCACGCUUCUCUGUCUUUAUUAACCUAAUAUUUGUCAGAUGCUGCUCUAACUCUAACCCUUAAGUUUAGUUACGAAUUAAAAAUUACGAUUUAUUAAAUGUAUUUUUCUACAGUUUCAGGUUAUAAAAAUGGUAGAAUUGAAGAAAA